AUGGAUAUUACUGUUGGAAAGUCCUGGUACAAUGUGCCCAAGGAUUCCACUUCUUCCUUAGGAAAUGAAAAAGAAAAAGGAAGAAGAGUGCUGGGUACUCGGUCAAAGGUUUCUAUAGCCAAUGAUGCUUUUGGUGUUGAGAUAUACAAUCCUACACCUUCUAGGCUAGGAAAAUUUCAUGUCCAACAUCUUGAAGGUCUAGCAAGUGAAGCAGAACAUGACCAAGACAAAAAAGACCAGGUUGAAGAGGACCAGAAUGAAAAAAAUGACGAGAUCGAACAAAUUCAUUCCAAGAUCACCAAAGAUGGCCAUAAUUGGGGCCGUCAAUUUCCAAUGGAAGUUUCACUCGAUGAAUCAAUGAAGACACAAUGUCCUCCAAAGCGCUCUCGGUGGAUGGAUAUGUUCGAGUCUCGUCAUCGAAUGGCAGCCCAGGCCAAUGUCACCACCCCCCACCAAAAGAACCCGCCAGCCCGCUUCUUCGAAAAUGCGGCUCAAAAGUUGUCACCGUUGAAGACUUUUUCUACUCCCACGGCGAGCACUAAUAGUUCUUCGAACUCAAAGUCCCUACCGAGGAGGAAGACACCCAGUUCCGAUGACUCCAAAUUGUUUCGAGCAUUUUUGAGUCGUGGUGAUGAAACAGUUCCUUUGUUCAUAUCUCCCACCGGCACACAUCAACAGUUUUUUCAGUCUAGCUUAAAUCGUCCGCGCCCACACCGUCCACAUGCAUCGGGUAAUUUUGCUAUGGGUGACGCUGCAAAUCUUCGUCGUACUUUCACGAAUCCAAUUAUUUCUGGGCCUUACCACUCACAGCGGGCCAGUAAUAGCUCUUCAAUUACUGGAAGACCCAUGAGUACUUCUCAAGCCUCGAGAUCGGUGACUGGAAGAACAAGUAGCAGUCACUCAUCAGACAUCACCGAUGACAUGCGGAGCUCUAUGGACAGAAGUUUCGAUUCCUGCUCCCAGCUAACUGAUCACACUCGAAUGACUUCUAUUAGCGGUAGCUUUAGCUUUCAACCAGUCAUUCCUGAGGAUCAACAGGUCAUUCUUGGUAGCACCAUGAGCCCACUCCAUCCAUCGAAGAGUUUUGACCAGGUAUGCGCCGAAACACUUCCGCAGCACAAGACCUUCCCGAAUCAGGGUACUGCUUUUGCAUCGACUACUCCAUUUGCUCCUCUACCUGCACCAGUGGUUAUAAGCAACAUGGUAGCUCUUAUUCCUGAUCUUUCACACUUGGUGAAGAAGUUCCGCCCAACCGACAUGCUUCUUCGCGAACAAGGCAUGAUACCCGAUAACUCUCGUCAGGACACAAACUACGAGGGAGAUGAAAACCAUCCUGACUUGCUAGAUCUUCCUGACAGCAUCAAUUGCUGCAUGUGGAUCAUCAACAUUCCAAAAGAAGUCCAGUAUGGUGAGUUUAUGCGCAUUCUCGAUUGCGGUGCCGUCGCUGCACUCUCGAUGGUCCCACCUCAGAAUGGACACAUCACGCAGGCUGCAAAAGCCACAUUUAAGAAGGUCUCUGGUGGUGCUGAGCUUUAUCGUCGUGCUCGUCACAGAGGAGGUCUUCAUAUUCGCAACCGCAAGAUCAAGGUCUGGUACAAUGAUUACGGUGCAUACGAAUGGAAGGGCCCCGAGACACGUUUUCUGGAAAUUGAGGCGCCGGCUGUCCUUGACGAGAACUUUUGGCACGGUUACUUUAACACCUGGUGUAAGUACACCAUCAUCUCGGUCACUCCACUUCCUUGCAUGAAAUAUGGCUUUGCUUCUACUAGGUUCGAAUUUGUACGAAUUGCAGGUCAGGCGCAGACUUGCUUUCAAGCAAUCCAAAAAGACGAGGCGUUUUUGGGACAGGUCAAAGUCCAAUAUGGAACUGACCCUGAUGAGUUUUAG